AUGGUUAUAAUCUUAAUGUACAAUCUAUAUGGUUAUGGCAUGUUGCAGUAAACCUGCUUUUUUUGUGGUUAACCUGAGUCACGGGUCACUUGUUUUUCAUUUGUCCUUCUUGAUACCCAGGAGUCCACCUAUUCCUCUGCAUAAUAGUUUUAUAAUGAAGACUUACUCCCAAGGUGGAUAACAUUUACAGUUGCUGCCGUGCUCCUCUGGGUCAAUACCACUUCCCCCAUAGAUAACACACAGAUGUUUGUUCCACUGUGAAAUUAAAAUGUUUGUCUGAGAAUCAUUUGCAUGAUCGCAAACAUGAUUCCCUACCAGAAAUCACCUGGUACGGCAUAUCUGUGUUGACACUGUAAAGAGAGGCAGGUUGGUGUUGUGUUUCAUCUGCUGUUAUAGCAAUGAAUGUCACAAUCUCCAAGUGCUGUGCCUUUCCGUCUCCCAUCCUGGACCAGGUUUUGCCUUCAGUGCUGAUCCUGGAGUUCAUGUUUGGACUGACUGGGAACUUCAUCGCCCUGUCGAUGUUUGUCUUUUACAUGAAAGAAUGGAAACCCAACUCUGUGUACCUGACCCACCUGGCUGUUGCAGAUUCCAUUGUGCUGUUCUGCCUGCCUUUCAGAGCUGACUACUACAGGCGUGGUAAAAACUGGCUGUACGGUGAUGCCUUUUGUCGUAUCCUGCUCUUUCUCCUGGCAGCCAACCGUGCGGCAGGGAUCUUCUUUCUCACUGCUGUGGCUGUCGAUCGAUACUUCAAGAUAGUCCAUCCGCUCAACCGAAUCAACCGUCUGGGAUUGGGCUAUGCUCUGUUGGUCUCUCUUGGCCUCUGGGUUCUGAUUUUCUUUGCGACCGGCUACCUUCUUUUUGAAGAGCACUUCUUCUACAAUAACAACUACAUACAGUGUGAGAGUUUCAACAUCUGUAUGGGCUUCAGCGCCCUCUCCACCUGGCACAAUGCUUUCUAUGUCAUACAGUUUUCCCUGCCUACCGCAAUCGUUGCCUUCUGCACCAUCAGGAUCACCUGGCAGCUGAAAACCAGGACUGUGGACAAAAGGGGGAAAAUCAAACGGGCCGUUCAGUUUGUAAUGGCAGUGGCUUUGAUCUUCAUCAUCUGUUUCUUUCCCAGCACUGUAUCCCGCGUUGCAGUGUGGGUGCUUAAGGUAUGGUACGAUGAGUGCAGUUACUUUGAGACGGCCAACCUAGCGUUCUACACGUCUGUGUGUUUCACGUACUUCAACAGUGUCCUCAACCCUGUGGUGUAUUAUUUCUCGACCCCUGCCUUCAGUGGCACCUUCCAGAAGGUGCUGAAUAAGCUGCUGAGACGGAGUGAUGAUCAGACGGACUCAACGACGAAUGACAUUUCCACUGUUGAGGGUAGGAGGCUAUGAAAACGGGUGCUGUUGAAGGGAAUUAUAAUACACACAAUAAAGGCUGAGCCAGUGGUAAGAUUUCUCCAUUCCUAUAAUAACUCUCAAGAAUAUUAUAUAUAUUCAAUUUCUAAUAUAAUUUGGUUUUUGCUGUGGUUGUGAACAAAAACCGCUGUCCACCUCAGAAAUAAAUAACAGCUUAAUGUUUUGUGUGUGUAUACAAUGUAAAACUCUGAUUGUGGUUGUGUGUAAAUAAGCAAAUUACAAGCUAAUUGCAAGUCAUAAGUUAUAUUUUUUAUGUUGACCUAUGUCAAAUAUUUACUACUUGUUAAUCUCAUCUGUCAGAGAGACUUGGACCACAUAGGAAAAUUCAUUAUUUUCAUUGUAAUGAAAUGCCUGGAAAAUAAUAUUCACACUACAAAUCACCUCAGGAUCUGGCGGGAACCUGAGGUCACUGUCAAAUAAUGUGUUUGUUAAUAUAGAAUAGUCAAGAUCGUAUAUUGUAAUACAUAAUCAUACAUGAGUCGUGUAUUUAGUAGUUCCUUAAAUGAUGCUAGUUCUGUGUCCAUGUUUCAAACUCUAUCUGUUCAAAUCUUAAUAUUGUAAUCCAGACACAUUCUGCUUUGGUUUAAGAAAGAUGUAUUCUCUCAAAUGUACUGACAUUUCCUUGUUUUGUGCUACAGCAAAUGUAUCCGUUUGUAUUCAAGUUUUACAAUGUAAAUAAAGAUAUGUAGCCCUUUGAA